AUGGAUAGAAAGUCUGCUAGAAUAAAAGCAGAGUUGCAAAGAUAUGGUUGGAGAGUUUCGAAGAAUUUUAAAUAUAGGAAGGGAAGACCCAUAAAAGUCUAUGACAAACUGGCUGGUCUUCGCUACGAAAUGGAUUUGGAAACAGCACGUGCCAAUUAUCCAAACAGACUAGAGAGGUUAGAAGAAGAACGUCUUAUGGACAUGCCUUUCGAUGUUAGUGAACCUCAAGUUGAAGGACACGACGGCUUUGCCAGAUUCUACUGGAAACAUGACGAACAAUUGCAUCCUUUGAGAAGGAAAAAAGGUAGUGCAGAGGAUGGUCAUGCUCCCAUGGAAAGAACAAGAUAUGCAUAUGAGAAGUAUCGUGAAGUUAGAAGUCAAAUUACAUCUGGUCGAACCUUUACAGUAAACUUUGACGAAGGAAAGAACAAAGAAGGCUUCAUGGGA